AUGGGUAAAGAAAAGCAUUUGCCAAAACCAGAGAGUAGUAAAAUAGGUGCUAAAAAGUCUAAGAAGUCAUUAGAUGCGAGUUUCAUUGCGCAAGCAGUAGCUCAAGCAGUCACGACAGUAUUUAGUAAGGAAAAAGAAAGAGCAAGAUCAACAUCACCCUCAAGCUUUAGUAGCUCAGAAGCUACUAGUAGCAAAGAUGAAAGUGAGGUGGAAGAUAAAUUGGUUAAAAGGAAAAGAGGUAGAUCAGCUAGCCAAUCACAGAACAUGAAGCAAAAGCUGAUUCCGGCUAUUACAAAAAAAUUACCAGAAUAUCGGCACUAUUCUGGUGUGAUUAAAAAAACUUUAAAACAACAUCAUAAGACGCAGCAUCAAACAGUAACAAUAAAUGCUGAUCCAAAAUUAAAGGCUUAUAAUCAUGUCAGAAUGGAGAAAAAUAGUAAGGUGAAUGAGGCAGGAAAUAAAAGCAUUAGGAGAUAUUCAUGGGAUGACCUGAAGAAAUUAACAAGAAGCAAAGAAGAGAAUUCCUAUCAUUCUGAUGAGAAGUGGAAGACGGAUGAGGAUCAGUCGAAGGACGGUAAGAAGUUAAAACGGCUAUUCCAUAAGCAUAUUGAUCCAUUUGUAGAACAACUGCAGCCAAAGAACAAUAGAAUGCAUAAACAGCAUUAUAAAAGGCAAGUUGAUAUGACUGGAAUGCCACCACCUGAUUGCUCAAGAUGGGCAUUAUCAGAAGAAGCUUUAAACCUAUUUAACAUUUCAGAUCCAGAAUUUGAUGCAGACUUUUUCACUGGAAAUGAAGAUCUACGUAAGAAAAAAAAAGCGAAAAAAAGUGGUAGUGCGAAUGCAGAAAAAAGUAGUAAGGGAAGUAAAAGGAAAGAAAGAGAUGAUGAUGAUAGGAAAGAAAGAGAUGAUGAUGGUAGAAUUAUAUUAUACAAAAGAAGAAAGAAGAAUAGUAAUACUUCACUACUACCUAACAUUAGAGAUCUCGCUGCUAUAUGGUUUAAUGUUACUACAGUAACAACAUCAUCUGCACGAACUACAACAACAACAACAACAGUAGCAGCAACACUAACAGCAACACUAACAGCAAUAUCAACAGCAACACCAACAGCAACACCAAUAGCAACACCAAUAGCAACAACAACAGCAGCAGCAACAACAACAGCAGCAACAACAACACAAACUAAAACAGCAGCAACAACAUCAAAACAGGAGCAAAAUCACCUUCAAAAGGUAUAA